AGUGCAGUCAUUUUUGCUGGCGGCUGGAGCUAAUGUCUAAUGGGUUCGGGCUUGGUACGAGGAGGGGGUGUGAUCUGAUCUGAGCUGAGCUGUUUGUGUUGAGAGGUUAGACUCGCUGUGCUCUGAGUCUCAGUGUACAUGUCCUCUACGGUGGCUCCUGCUGUCUGCAAACCGUGAAGGGCAAAACCCUUGGAGGAAAAUGGUAAUAAUGUUUCCCCAAACUGCGACCAGCAGAGGUACAGAUGUGAACGAUUGUCAGCGUUCAUUAUACAAAGAAUUAGUAAACAUGAUGGGAAAUAUUGUUAUCCUUAGUUUGAUAGUGGCCAUAUCCUUGUCAUUUUGGAUUGUGUCUAUGACUGUCAGCACUUAUUAUGGCACUCUACGACCUGUGUCACCUUGGCGAUGGCUGUUUUCUGUGUUUGUUCCACUUUUUAUUGCUUCACAUGCAUUAAAGAAGCAAAACCUUGAUCGCAGUGGAGCUAUUGGAGCUUUGAUUGUUGGGUUCAUCCUUACAAUUGCCAACCUCAGUUUCUUCUCUUCAUUGCUAACUUUUUUUGUUAGCUCAUCUAAACUCACAAAAUGGAAGGCAGAAGCUAAGAAACGUUUGGAUCCAGAUUAUAAGGAAGGUGGCCAGAGGAACUGGAUACAGGUAUUUUGUAAUGGAGGUGUUCCAACAGAGAUUGCCUUACUCUAUAUGAUUGAAACUGGGCCAGGAGAAAUUGCAAUUGAUUUUUCAAAGCAGUACACUGCCUCUUGGAUGUGUCUCUCUCUCCUGGGAGCACUGGCUUGCAGUUCAGGUGAUACCUGGGCAUCAGAAAUAGGAAGCGUCGCCAGCAAAACACAACCAAGACUGAUCACCACAUGGGAAAAGGUUCCCAUUGGUACCAAUGGAGGAGUAACCUUUGUAGGCCUUGUGUCAAGUUUACUUGGUGGAAUGGCUGUUGGAUUAGCCUAUCUAUUAACUCAGUUGAUGUUUGUGGAGGACCUGGAUACUUCACCACCUCAGUGGCCAAUUGUUAUAUAUGGUGCUGCAGCAGGUUUCCUUGGUUCUGUUUUGGAUUCCUAUUUAGGCGCUGUGAUGCAGUAUUCGGGUUUUGAUGAAGACAGUGGGAUGGUUGUCAAUCACAUUACUCCUCAUGGAAGGCACAUAUCAGGGAAACCUAUUCUGGAUAAUAAUGCAGUGAAUCUUUUCUCUGCCAUCCUUAUUGCACUGCUGCUGCCAGGAAUAACCUGGCCCUUUUGGCCAAGGAAGUUAACGAUUUAAAAACGUGGUGAAGGAGGAUCCUAAUUGUCGUCUGGCAUAAAAUACUGCAUAUGAAUAUUGCACUAAUAAUUAGAAAUCUGAUUUUAAAUGAAGAUGUACUAAAAUAUUUCAACAGUUCAACUUUGUGGAAGCAUAAGCUGUACCUUCAAAAUCUUACUUUGACUUAUUGCUUCUUUGGAAAUGUUAUUUGGUUUCUUCAAUCAAAAAGCUUACCCUCGUAAUACAUUUCAUCUCAGUGAAUAGUUUGUUUUAUUACAAUUGAAGUUGUUGCUGCUGUAUUUUAACAUUCCUUUCAACAACACCUGCAAAGCAAAUAACAUACUUAAAUUAUGUAACUUUGAAGAACUUUAGGCAGAAAACCGUUGUUCCAUCAAAUCCACUCUGUUUAUUUCCUCUUUUAUGAUUCUGGAUCUAUAUCGACAUUUCAAAUCAAAGUUUAUUCAAUGCAUUUUUAAAUACUGCUGUUUCCUUGCAAAUGAUUCUACUGAUGAUAUUUCACAAUUUUAUUACAGUUUUGCACCAGAAAUUGCUGCCUAAAUUUCAAAAUUGUAAACUGUCUUCUUAUCCUUGAAUCUUGUAUUUGACUGAAGAGCUGUGAACCCUGACAAGCAAGACUUUAAAAAAGAAACAAAGUUACUGACCAGCUUUAAGUCUGGGAGUGACUCAGGAGAAAUAAAUGCAAAAUGAUGUCACAGUUCCAAGAAGGACUGACAGGGAUAAUUUACAGGUAAAUCUUAAUUUAAUCUACAAGAUAAACAAUAUCCAGUACUUUGUUAACAGAGCUAAGAAAAUUAACUCAAUUCAUUAAAGUCAUAUAAAUCUUGAGUAAUUAAACAUACGUCAGAAUUAGCUGGUCUUGUGCUGUAUCAUAAUCUCGAACAAAUGUGCUCACAAUAAGGAGAAACUUCUGUUUGGAUUUGUUGAGCUGGAGUCCAAAACCUGGGGGCAUUGUAGAGCGGGCAGAGUUACCAAGAUUGUUUGAUUGAGGAUAGAGUCACGCCCUUUUGUUCAUUUAAUUUACUUGAAUUUAAUUUUCCAUACGUACAGAAGGUUUUUAAAUCAGUUUUGUUCACGCAUGCUUACUCAUCUUCUAGUUUCUCUUUGUUAAUUUCUCGGUGAUCUUUCAUUUCCAGGGAGACGGUGGCAUUGUGGUAGUGUCACUGGAUGAGCAAUCCAAAGGCCCAGUGACAUGACCACUGUGCCAACUUCUAAUACUUUCCACACAGUUUCAAAUCCCAACAUGACAGCUGGUGAAGUUUAAACUCCAUUAAUGAUUGUAGAAUUAAAGGCUGCUGUUGCCAAUGAAGACCACAGCAGUUAUUGUCAGUUGUUGUAAAACAACCGACCAGGUUGACUAACAUCCAUUAGGAGAAUAAAUCUGCUGUCCUUACCUAGUCUGGCAGGUCUGGAUGUGACUCCAAAGAGCCAAAGCAAUGUGAUUGAUUUGGCAGUGGAGUCACAAGUCAUGCUAUUCAAGACAAAUUAGAAACGGAAAACAAAUGUUAGCCUUGUCAGUGAUCACAUGAAAGAAUAAAGGAAAAUAACCUCAAAUUCUCUGUUACCUCUCCUGCUGGCAACAGCUUUAAGCUGCUUGAUUUAUCUAACUUUCUAAAUUAUUCCGUUCGAUCACUUGUGUUGAGUUUUUACUUAUUAAGGAAAUGUACAUUUUCUGUGAAUUCCUUUCCUUUUCUGUUUUAAAAAGGACACUGAUCCCAUCCCAGUUUAAUCGGAGCCAAAUCAGAAAGAACAGCUUCCUUAUUUCUUGGUAACAGUGCCUGUGUGCCUGGAUUGAUAUCCCUGUUGCUCAUACAAUGCUUUUGGCCAUGCAUUAAGAAAAAAAACCCUCUCCAUUUAGCAAAACAGGCAACAAUCUAGAAUUUAUUAUUGCACUUAGUUUUCCAAUUCAUUUUAGCUCUCUCUCUUUCUGACUGUCAUACCUUUCCUCCUGAUAGAUCUCAUUCUCAUUCUCAUUCUCAUUCUCACUCUCAUUUUCUCUGUUUAACAACUAUCAGCUUAGAUUUUUUUUAAUCGGUUAUUAUCAGUGUGUAAAAAAAGAACUAGAGAAUGUAAAAUGUAAUGGCAGAAAAGACAUUGGCUAAGGCAAUAAAUGGUAGAUCGUAAAAAGAAAGUGUUCUGGCAAGCUCCAAUUUCUUGUUAAUAAAGUGUGAAGCUGGAUGAACACAGCAGGCCAAGCAGCAUCUCAGGAGCACAAAAGCUUCUUGUGUUGGACAGAAAUUCUUAAUACUUGUGGUAAUUUAUGAAACCCUGUUGACCUCUUCUCCAGGCAGUAAAUUUUCAUAAGCAUGUACACUUAUUAUUUAGCCAACAUUUAUGUUUUGUUAAGUAUCAAACUAAUUUAGGAAAACACUUUUUGAAAUAUCCAAUUACAUUUACAUUUUAAACCAAUAGUGUCCAAACAUAUGCUCAUCAUAACCCACAUUGUGCACUCAAAGCCUCAGCAAUUAAAAUUAAUUUAGAGUUUAAAUUUGUAUUUUCAUUUGAAUAAAUCACAAGUUGCUAAUAUAAGCAAAUCUGUUAUUUAGAUUUAAGAUUCGUUUAACAAUGAGGUGAUUCUGCUUAAAACAACCCUCGAUAAAUGCCCGAAAUUUUAGCCAAACUAGUAACUAAGAAAUAUAAACAUAGGUGGAAUUAAGUUGCACAAAGUUCAUGGCUCUUGAGUAACUCACUGUCUACAGUUUGUACAUUUAUAUUAACUGUAAUGAAUCUAGAAUCAAAUGUUUAUAGAGCCAGAUGUUUGAAUUUAGUUUAUUUGUAAAUGUGGCAUGAAAAUAUGUUGCGAAAUAACAUGAAGCAUUUUUUUCUAUCUUCAUGA